UUUGUAUUUAACCGAGUCAAGCGCAUGGCGACCGUCAAGGAAGAGAGCCCGUCGGGCGACGCGAGCUUUGGCGACGUGCUCAACGCGCUGCUGAGCUCGCUGCCGUCGGACGCGUCCUCGGCCUUCUUCCGCUGCCUCGCGGGCUUGACGGCCGAAGAGUCCAACGACCUCGCCAAGUACGUCGUGCAGCUCAAGGAAGAGAAGAAGUUCCGCGUGAUCCAAGCGAUGGCCGACUCGACGAUCCCAGCGAAGAAGAAGUUCCUCGACAGCCUCCGCCUCAAGUUUGAGCGGCUCAAGGCGCAGGCGCCGACCGAUGGCCGGGCGCCGCUGGCACGGACCAACUCGCGCCAGUCGUCGCUGCUGCAAGUGACAUCGGAGGACAUCAACUCGAUGCAGCACAUGCUCGACAAUGCGCACAUUGGCGAGAGCGAGCUCCGCCUCCGCGACCUCGAAGACUCGCUGCACAAACCGGCGGGCGACGAGGCGUUUGGCCUCGAGCACAACAACUCGCUGCUCAUGCUGACGUCCAAGCGCGAGCGGCCCAACAGCAACUGGGAGCUCUUGAAGGGAGAAGCCGCGCCGGCGCAAAAGGCGUGUGUCGAUGACGAAGGCAGUGGCGACGGCGACGACGACGACGACGAUGAGGACGACGACGACGACUACCAAGAAGACGGCAGCACGGCCGCAUCGACAUCGACCUCGACGACGACGAGCGACGGCAGCGGCCUCCCGCCUGUCCCCGAGAUCAGUCCCGAAGAUGCGCCGUCGACGAAGCGCUGGACCAAAGCCCAGGACAAUGCGCUCAAGGAAAGCGUCCAGCUGCACGGCGAGAAGAACUGGAAGGCGAUCGCCGAGCGAGUGCCUGGUCGCAACCACGCGCAGUGUCUCCAGCGCUGGCGCAAGGUGCUCAAGCCGGGUCUCGUGAAGGGCCACUGGUCGUUCGAAGAAGACAAGAUCCUCGAGGUGCUCGUGAAGCAGAGCUGCAACAACUGGGGCCAAAUCGCCGACCAAAUCCCGGGGCGGACGCCCAAGCAGUGCCGGGAGCGGUGGCGCAACCACUUGGACCCGUCGAUCAACAAGGGUCCGUACACGGCCGAGGAAGACAAGGUCAUUCUCAGCGCCCAGGCGCGGCUCGGCAACAAGUGGUCGCAGAUCUCGCAGCUGCUGCCCGGGCGCACGGAGGAUUCGGUCAAAAUCCGCUGGAAGUCGCUCAAGCAAAACCCGGACCGGGCCAACCACCACCGCCGCCUCACUGCCGGCCACGCCCUCAACAGUGGCAUGAACCCGCAUCUGCAGCAGCACCACAGCAUGAUGCCCGACCAAAAGCUCACAGCCAUGCACCAUGCGUCGCAGUACCACCACGGCCCAACGUCGUCGAUGCUCGAUGGCAUGGCGGGUCUUGGCAACGGCAAUGUCAACGACUGGGGCAUGGGAGGUCAUUAUGGCAUGCCGCCGCCGCCGUCCCAGGGCGGGUACAUGGACCCAUACAGUCUGCCGCGGCCGCCGACGCAACAGCAACAGCAACAGCAUCCGCAAGGGUCGGAGGGCGCAAUGAAUGUGAGUGAUUUCGACUCGUGGUACAGCGUCUAGUGGGGCAGAGGGUUAAGGACAUAUAUUUGAUAAUAGAUGGGGCUCCGCCACUCGUCCUGUCUUUAUCCGCAGCAAGGAUACCACCCGCGCGACUACACGUAUACGCCGGACGACCUCGUCAUUAAGACACUUACGGACGAGCUCGACUUUGACUUUGCCGAGUUUUAGUCAAGUAGAGAAUAACGUCAUGUAUAAACACCGACUAGUAGACAAUCGCCACCGUCUUUCUAUCGUCAAUAUACGGCAACGCUGC